UUGUUUUGGGAACUUUUGUAAGAGUCAAUAUCGGAAAUUGAGUCAAGAUUUUCAGUAUUAAGCGUGAUCUGAGCGAUUGACUUCACGUCGGAAGUUCUAAGGGCCUACAUGAAAAUAGAUAAAGAUUAAAAAAAGCAAUGAAAGAGUGGAUCUGGACGAGAUGAGGGACACAAUCUCGUUGCAAGCUUUGUUGUCAUGGACGUGCUGUGUUCUGCAGCUCCGAACGGAGUGGAAUUUUGCAUUUCUCGCACAAUGCAGAAAUGACGAAUAGGACCCAUCCUCUUGAGAUCCGUGGAUUUUCUCACAGUAGUGUGGAUGCUCUCCAUCCUCUCCCUGAGAGACCAGAGGAAUCCUUGCCUUUGUCCUAUUUUGAGAGAAUUCACAGCAGCAACUUCACUAACAUCACCCCUGACACCAGUGGUCAAUCAUCACCCACUACUGACAAUACUCCAAGUAUUGGUAAUGGACUUUUUGAGUCAAACACAUGGUCGACAAAUACAGGGAUCCUUACUGGAAGAAGCAGUGUAUACUCUUGGGGAAAUGAGGAUGAGUUCGAUAGACAGGCUUCAGCAACAGUGAAACGGAUGUUUGAUGAAAUUGAUGGAAUGCUGUUUGAAGGAAUGCAUUUCAAUGGAAGCCCUCAACUGUUGUCUGAAUGUGAAGAAUGGUUCAAGCGAUUUCCACAUCUGCGAAUCUGUGGUUAUCAAUUGCUCAAUCCCAAGGACGAUGGUACUCAAUUGAUUCCAUUUCCAGCUGGAGAGCCAAGGAUAGACAACCAGCGACCACAGACAUCUUUUCUUGAAGAUGUGGAGGAAUUUGGUGCUUUUGAUUCACAAGGUUUAUGCAUUCAAGGAUUUCAUCUUGAUCCAUUGCCAGAGCCUUCAGAGUCUUACAUGAAUGCUGAUGAAAUGAAUGGGUUCUAUUCAGAGUUUGAAGAAGAGAUCUUGGCAGAAGAUGGUGAAGUAGAAGAAUAUUUUGGUUAUGACCAACCUGCUAUAGAGGAAGAGGGAACAGAAGCCAGAACUGGUAUGAGGUAUCGCCGUCAGCAGCGACGAGGUUACCCCCCUGUGACCCCCAAUGCUUGUGCUAAGGAUACUGUUGUCAGCCAGAUGUUUGACCAAGUUUGGGGAGAGGUGGUUUUAUGGCUAAGAAGUUUGUUAAGUCUCUACUCACAGAAAGUGCUAAGAGACAAACCACAGUUUCUUGCUGAUGUGGUGGUUUCUUCUGAUCGUGCCAUUGAGAGCCCACUUCGGCCAUUUUCCCAAAGUGUUAUGUCAAGGAAUCACUUUUCCUCCCAGUCAAGACUAAAGACAUUUUCAAGUUUCAAUCCCCCACCCGAUCAAAGUAGUUUAAUUCAUGCAAUGAAGGUGCGACCAAUGCCUUUAAAUCCAAGGGCUCCUUCUGCAAGCACCUCUCAUGCCCUUGACAGCAGAGAAGGGACCCCCUUUAAUCCGGGCCGGCCAGGGUCCAGCAGCACAGUGAUUUCACGUUCUACACGGAUCAGUCAGCACAGUUCAGAUCCAUUCAUGCACAAGAUGAUGCCAUUUAAGAGAAAUAGGAACUUACCAAGUAUACUACGCUUGACCCAUCCGGACAGCAGUAAACCUAAAACACCCAGCGUCCAGGAUGAUGUCAUGGGCGGUAUCGUGCAAGGAAGGAAAUUAUUUCCAGAGAAAGAAAGACUGUCAUCUCCGCCUCAAGCCACGAAUUCAAAUUCUCCUGCGCCUUACAUGGGAAGAAACUUCGUUCUCCCUCCGAUAGAUGGUUUUAGUAGCAGAGAGACGCCUGUUCAACAUAACGGAGGAAGAAAUAGCGCGAAACAAGUUUCGUUCCGCCAGUCACGUGCAUCAAGUGCCGCAACAGAUGAUUCUAGGCAAUCUUUUAAAGAGAGAGCAAGGAAUGUUACAGAGUCGUCAAGGCCAAAUACAUCAAUAGCAACACAUUCAUUGAGAAAUGACACACCGCAUCGACGCUUAUCUACCCCCAGUGGGACUCAUUUAAUGCAAGGAAUGUACUCUCGAGGUCAAAUGAGACACGCACACAGCCCCCUGACGGGAAUCACUGGUGUGAGCAUGCCAAUAGGCACUCACCCUGCUACUGAAGCAAAUGCGUCGGCGCUUACGUCAUCUAGUAGUCACCAAUAUGAUGGGCGAGAAAUUUCCCCCGUCAGUGACGAGGAGUACGAAGGCUUUAAGAGUCCUGGCCCUUCAAGUCAACAUUCUCAUAGACGGAGCAAAUUAGUGUCUUCCAUUAGGUAGUAUUUAAUCAAAUAUUUUACUUUCAGAGCGGUGCGGCGAUCAUUACCAUUAGUUAACUGUUAAAAUUUUUUUAAGAUGUAAAGAUCUUUAAUCGUAAUUUAUUUUGUACUGUAUCAGUUGUUACAUACCUGUACCAAUAUUUCUAAAUUUGUAAAUCAAUAGACAGAGGAGAAACGGCUACUGCAUAGAUUUUUAUGUCAGCACAUUCAUGGACUACAUUACAAACCAAUUGAGAGGUUCUGCAUCCUUCAGUGUGCCACUUUAUCGGUUUUAAUGAGGAAACAUGUAUCAUAACCAGCAAACUUUCGUGAAAAUGCUCGUAAGGUUACGAAAAAAUCGCUGAAGCACUCGAGAGUACUUCAUCAGAUAACCUGUUUUCUUUUGGUGACCUAGGCUGGGACAGUCAGAUAUGACAUCCCAAAGGUCAGCAACUAUACUUUUGGAGCUUAUGACCGGGUUACAAGGCUUGGAAUAUCCUUAACGCCAUAGUUCUUUUGUUGUUCUCUCUAAUGAUCAGACAUUUUAAAUGAGGGAUACUUACCAAACAAGGGUUUUUUCCCUAAAAAUUAUUCCAUCACCUUUUGUUGCUUAUUUUAAAUCUGGGAGGCUGUUACAAACCUCACCAUAAAGCACCUAACAUCCCACGAUAUAUCUGAAACUCGCCCUAUUGAGAAUUAGCCAAAGCAUAAGUUUCCUCUAUUUACCUGCCUUGCUCAUACUGUAUAUAUCCUCGGGGCAUGCAGGGUGCUAAUAUUUAUAGAAGAAUGUAUUAAGUAUUUAAUGUUUUCAUUUCAUAAAAUACAAUUUGAGAUAAAGUUGACCCGAAGAUCAUCAGGCCGAAGAGAGCAGUAUCCAGACAGGUGUCGGCUCUAGUUACUGCUCAGACAUGUCCAAUGUUUCAGUGGUAUAUAUUUUUAUAUUUUUCAUGUAAAUUUAUAAAAGGCGACAAUGGAUUUAUAUAUUAUUAUCAGUUAAGAGCGUCGCUGUAAAUGGUCAAUGCCUCAUCGUUGACCUUUGAAUUUAAUGCAAUUUGUCGUAAGAAUAAUUAAUCGAAAGGGAUCAUAAUGUGUCUUCUUUUAUAUCGUGACGAAAGAAAUUUAGCGUCAAAACCUCGUUUGCAUAUUCUCCACGUUAUACUCCAGGUAGUCCGUAUGUUACUCUUUCGUUUUGUUUAAUCAGUUUACUAAAUAUUAACUCUGGUUGGCGAAGUUCAUUUUAUAGUUGUAGGUGCUGAAAACGUGGAUGGAAUAAACUUUAACUGGACGCCAACGUUUCAUUAGACGUCAAACGUAGUUGAAUGCAUGCUUCGCAGACUUUUUAAUUUCUCCAGAAACGAGAUUGUUCUGACCAUUGGGGCAUUUCUUGAUAGACGAGAAGAAAGUUAUUGGUAACACUGAUAUAUUAGCGGGUUUAGCGGAAAUAGAACCAUAAUAACUGUAGGGAAUAUCAAUAAUUGUUUAAAAAAAUUAAUUGAAGAUAGAUGAUUUUUAGUUCCUCCAGUUAGUUCAUUGGGCAUGUUUUUUAAUGAUAAAUGAACACAUUAAUUUAUUUUAACUUAUAUUUGUGCUUUGUAGCCCAACGACUAUUGCUGGAGAUCUAUUUAUUUGCAGUGUACGAAACUGCACGUUUCUUUGUUAUAAAAAGAAACUUCGCAUUUUCACAUCACCCAUGAAAUGCAACUAAUUGUGGCUUGUAAUCGAGGUUACCAUUAGAAAACGCUAGUAAAAUACGUUGUUCUCAGUCGCGUGCUAGUCACGUGACCGUAGUCUCUUAAUUAACCUUGAUUUCAAGCUCAUGCGGGUGAGGUAAAAAAUACCGCUUCAUUUGAUUUAAAUUGACAUGUACGCCUUAAGAAACGAAAUAAAUUCGUUAACUUCCGAGAA